AUGGCCGAGUCCACUGCACCGAAAAGGUGGCUGCCUUUCAAGCCCACCGCCCUACGUCAAAACUCCAACCCGAAGCCGGAAGCCAAAGGCAAGGUCGAGCAUGGUGACGACAACGACGACGACGACGACGACGACGACGACGGGCUCAGCUUGUUCAAGCGCUCCAAAGAGUUCUUCCCCAAGGUCAUCGCCGCCGAGGCGCGCCGUCGCCAACGCAAGCACGCCCACCGCGACAAGGGCAAGGAGCUCGCGACGCCUGCUGCCGACGCACGAGACGACUCGGACGACCCUGGGCACGGCGCACGACUCUCCAACGACAGCUACAGACAUGCGAGUCCCAGCCGGUCGCGACCUGUGAAGAGGGCGAUCGACGACAGCGAUGGCGAUCUCGAGUGCGUGCCCAUGCUCCCCGCCGCUUUCUUGCUUCCUUCGUGUUGCCAUGUCGUUCACACUAACCUGGCCAAAAGGGAUCACAUUGAAACGCCGCCUUCCAAGCGAUCACGCACGAGCGACGAGUACAUCGAGCGCAAGACCAAGACGACACGCUCACCGAGCUACGACCACCCGUCCACGCCAUCACGGCACGCCACCAGAUCUCUCGCACUGCGCACGCCGAAGAAGGAAGGCUCGUCGCCCAAGGGCCAAGACGCCGUCGUGUCCCUCGACGACAGCGACGCGAGCGACGCUGACUUGUACGGCGCCACCCCCGUGCGCGACGUGCCAGGUGCGCGCUCCUCCCACGGCGCUGCCAUUGUCCUUGACGACGACGACGACGACGACCCCUUUGCUGAAGGCGAACAAGUCAAAGCAUCGGACGACGGCACCGGCAGCAAGACGGACGAGGACAAAGACGAAGAAGAAGAAGAAGAAGACGAAGGAGACGACGACGUGGAAGAGUACAUCCGCGCCGCCCGCGAGCGCCAGAAGAAGGCCGAGGCAGCCCAGGCCAACCCCACCGAGGCCGACCAGACACGCAUCACCAUCCUCAUGACGUCGCCCAUCCCCGGCACCAAGCCGGUCAAGUACCUCUACACCCUCUGGAAGCCCCUCGGCAAGCUGCGCGAGGUCUGGAACAGCACCGAGGGCUACGACGUCGAGCCGCCCCUCGACGACGCCGCCGUCACCUUCAUCACCUGGCGCGGCCGCCGCCUGUACGACUCGACGACGCUCAACAGCCUCCAGAUCCGCGCCGCCGAGAACGGCACGCUGCGGUCCCCUGCCGUCCGCAAUCCGCACGACGCCGACGGCUUCUCCGACGGCUGGACGAGGGUGCACAUGGAGAUGUGGACCGAGGCCCUCUGGGACGAGCACAAGCGCAAGGAGGACCGCAGGCGCCUGCGCGACCUCGGCGAGCUGGACGACUACUCGGACGACGACGACGACGACGGUGGUGGCGUCGCUGUCGGGGCGGACCCCGAAGCGAAGGAGACGAAGAUCAAGAUCAUCCUCAAGGCGCGCACCGGCGAGCCCGUCAAGACGACGGCGCGACCGGCGAGCACCGUCGCCGAGCUCAUAGAGGUGUACCGCAAGAUGAGGGACGUGCCUGCGGGCACGGAGAUUCAGCUUCAUUUUGACGGAGAGCCGCUGGACGGCGAGACGAAUGUCGAAGACGCCGACAUUGAGGACAUGGACUCAUUGGAGGUUCAUCUCCGAGCGUAA